GCUGAGUGUAUGGCAUCUACGGUAUGCUAUGGGGCCGCGCGUGAGGCUGCACCAAAGUGACUCGAUAAAUAUUGCAGGCACACACACUUCUGAGCAAGGGUGAGGACUGCGGUGGGGUGGUUGUGGUGCGUUGAUCCCUCAGCCACACCUGUGAGCACACGGGGGACACGGCCUCUAUCGAUUACUGGCCGGGGCGCAUUGUGUCAUGUGGCGUGACCUUCUUCUGACCACCUGCUGAUGAGGGGUGUGCGGGUACGGGCAGGAACGGUGAGAGAGAGAGAGAGAAAGGGGGCAGGCGUGUGGAGAUGAAAUGCUGUGAGAUCUCCAAUGAGGUCAGGUCAGAAGGCGAGGCAUCAAGGGAAGGAGGCUUGUGCCAUCGUUGAGGAGCAGGAGCUGGGGCGAGGCAACACUGCUUGCUUCCCUGAGCCAUGCUAACACACCAGUGAACUGUCAGCAUCAGCAUCAGCACAGGCGUGAGGCAACAUGACUGUCACCUACACACACGAAGUAGCUGACUGCAAGGGCUUCGGCAACUUCUGGCGGCUGCUCUUCAGAUGGCGAGGCAGUGUGUACAAGCUGGUGUGGAUGGACCUGCUGGCGUACACCGUUGUCUACUACAUACUCUCGCUGGUGUACAGAGUGGCCCUGACAGAGGAUGAGAAGAGGAGUUUUGAGAAGGUGGCGCUCUACUGUAACUACUUCAGUGACCUCAUCCCUGUGUCCUUCGUGCUGGGUUUCUACGUGAGCAUCGUCAUCAAGCGGUGGUGGGACCAGUACCAGACGCUGCCCUGGCCGGACUCCCUCGCCCUCUUCGUCUCCACCUCCAUUCACGGCCAUGAUCGCCAGGGGAGGCUCAUGCGACGCACAAUACUCCGUUACGUCAACUUGGCCUUUGUUUUGACGCUGACCAUGAUCACCCCGCGGGCCAAGAAGAGAUUCCCCACCCUUGACCAUAUCCUUGAGGCAGGCCUCAUAACUGCGAACGAGAAGAAAGUGUUUUCCGCCAUGGUGGAGAAGACCCCACAUUCCCUAUACUAUGUGCCGCUGGUCUGGGCCGGGACGCUGGUGGCCCGGGCAAGGAAGGAGGGACGCAUCAGGGACGACUUCGCGGUCAAGACAAUCGUAGACGAACUGAACACCCUUAGAGGAAAAUGUGGAGGCCUAUUGAGCUACGACUGGAUCAGCAUUCCCCUUGUGUAUACCCAGGUCGUCAGUCUCGCCGUCUACACCUUCUUCCUCUCCACCAUCAUGGGGCGCCAGUUCCUCGACCCACGGCAGAAGUACCCCAAGAAUGACAUUGACUUCUACUUCCCCGUCUUCACCAUGCUGCAGUUCUUCUUCUACAUGGGCUGGCUUAAGGUGGCCGAGUCCCUGGUCAACCCUUUUGGGGAGGAUGAUGACGACUUUGAGGUCAACUGGCUCAUCGACCGGAACAUUCAGGUGUCCUAUUUAAUCGUGGACGAGAUGCAUAAUGAACAUCCUGAGCUGACGCAAGACCUGUACUGGGAGGAGGUGUUCCCCCAGGAGUUGCCUUACACAGUGGGUUCCGAACAGUACAAGCGCGAGCCCCCCAUGGGCAGCACCGCCAACCUGCAGGUGCCCGAGGCUGAGCAGGAGUUCCUUCCCGUGGUCGAGGAGGAGCCAGAGGAGAAGGAUGAGAUGAACGAGGAGGAUGGAAAGAAAGCGGAUGGAACCCCCAAUGUGAAGCGGAUUGACUCGGCGCGUUCUAUGGGGUCGGCAAUGUCCGGGCGGAAGAGUUCUUUCCUGUCGAUGCUGCACAGUCGAGUGAAGCGAGGUGACCAGCGCAGCUCCAUGGGCAGUCAGCUGUCCAUCAGAAAGCAUCGCGUCCGGUCCGUCAGUCAGUCAGGGUCGCAUGCCUCAGCGGACUCCUUGGCCUCCGCUGUGAUCAGACGGAACAACACCAACAACUCACUGCAGGUGGACGACAACAAGGACAAGGGCCAGGAUAAAGGAGUUGCGACCUCAGUGAUCCGCCCCAAUAACAAGGACUCGCCGCGGAUCUUGGAGGGCGGCUCAACAGGAUCCGCCUACGCCUCCAUCUUCGGAUCGCAGGUUUCCGGGCUCCGAGAGGGUGGCCAGGGAAGUCAAGGAGGGGUGGAGGGCAGCCAAAUCUCCAUACACGCUGCUGCGGCCAUGCCAGACCCCGAAGAGCUGGAUCCCAAUAGGCCCGAGUCUGCCCGGUCCCCCAGUGUGGCAGGCUCUCAGCGCAGUGCUCCUGCCGACACGCCCAAGACAGAAGGCUCCCCGGCCUCGCCAGCACCGCCAGACACCGAGAAUGUCUGUCAGGGGAGUUGGCUCCGUGAGACGUGGCUGGUGUGACCCGAGAUGACCCAGCACAGUCCCCUGCAGCACACCACUCCGCUGGCUUCAUCGGGUUCAAGAACUGUUUGCAAGAUUGGUUUUAUCUCAGUCCUCGCUGGUCUGUCAGGAUGGGAAGAGGGACUGUGUGUUGGUGUGCCGUCGCUUGGCUCUUCGACACAUCAUGUUGUGAGUCACUGUGUGUCCGCCUGAGCGUAAGUAACUCCCUCGUGUGUGUCGUAGAGGGUUGUGAGGCAGAAGUUUUAAGGCGCAGCUGAUGUCGGUGAAGACUUGUAACUCUGCCGUUAGCUUAGUUUAUUUUUGUACUGGGCAGCAGUUGUACCUGUCUAUAUAAUAGUGAUCCCUACUCAUACCAUUGUUGUUACCAUUGUUAUUAUUAUUAUUAUAUUAUUGUUAUUAUUAUUUUUAUUAUUGUUAUUACGAAUCAUUAUUUUUUGUUACUGUUAUUAGAUAUGAAUAUUUUUAACUAUUGUGUUGCAGACUAAGGCAGUCUUGUUCAGGCCUUUGCUAACUCGAGCUUAAUUAAGUACCUUGGAAAGUGAGGUGUGGUGAGAUGCGAACACUUUUGGUAUUGCUGUGAAUUCUCUCCUUUGAUUCUUUUCACUGCAAGAGACUCAGUCAGCCAGACACAAAAGUGGUAAGCAUAACAUGCCCAACACUGGUCCUGGGCCAAGGCAGUCUGCCCUGCAGCACUGAGUGAUGAGGGUCACUGGAUAUCAAUCAAAUUGGUGUGUGAAGCAAAGUGUUGCUGUGUACAUAUUAUUUUUUCAAUGCAAUGACUCACACUGUGUACUUGUGAUAAGGUUCACACCUCCAAGCUAUGAUAUAUUUGAUCAAGGACUCAACUAAACCUGCUGGAAAGGUAGUAAGUAUCCUUGUACAAAUCAAGCCCCUAAACUUGGCCAAGAAGCCCUUCAGGAGCACCUACAGUGUUUGCCAGUUAUCAGUGUGUGUGUCAGGCAGAGACACUACACAGCAUUGUACACUUUUGUGUGGGGUGGCUGCCAGAAUGAGUCUCUGGAGUGUUGUCUUUGUUACACAGUGGGCAUUCCAUUUGUGUCUGGUUCCAGUAUUAGUGUGGGGAGCAGUGGAAGGCAUCGUGGUGCUGGUGGCCACUUGGCUGUACAUUCCUGGCUGUUGAAUGUUUUUGUACACACUUGCUGUUGUUGGUUACCUGUAAGCAAGUUACUAUUUAAGUCUAGUUCAUAGAUUCCACUGUGAAGAUUGUCAUGAAGGUUGUUUACUUAUUGUGGCUGUGCGAAAGGUUGAAUACAGACUCAUUAUCAGGGUAGAGGUUGCCUUAGUAGCCGUGCACAACAUUGCAGUAGCCCUGCCAGUGACCAAGAGUUGGCAGAGUCACACCCUGGCAGCAUUCAAGUUUUGCACUCACUGUCCUGAUGAGUCUUCUCUGCCACAAAUAAGUAAUGAGGCAUGUCACUAUGAGUCACAAUGGAGGAGGUCACAAUGUGUAGCGAAUGUUUUACGUAACAAACCAGUAUUGCUGUUUAUGGUGUGUUUGUACGUACGUAAACUGCGACGAGUGGACCACAAGGUAGUGACGUUCGCACCAUGUCGCAGAUGUCUUUUUACGUACUGCUGUGAAUGGUGUGUUCGUAGAUACCUAAACCUUGAUGAGUGGACCACAUGGUAAUGACGGUCAUGCUGUGUCAUGGAUGUUUUCUACGUACUGCUGUGAAUGGUGUGUUCUUAGAUACCUAAACUGUGAUGAGUGGACCACAUGGUAAUGACAGUCAUGCUGUGUCAUGGAUGUUUUAUAUGUACUGCAGUGAAUGGUGUGUUCGUACCUAUGUAUACCGCAACAAGUGGACCACAAGGUAGUGACAGUCGCACUACGUCGCGGAUGUUUUCCUACGUACUGCUGUGAAUGGUGUUCGUACGUACGUAAACCGCGACGAGUGGACCACAAGGUAGUCUCUGGUUGGGGACAUGAUCAGGGAAGUUUUUUUUAUGUAAGGCUGUGUCACAUUCUCCCCAGGAAACUAUUUUUAUGAGUAUUUUUUAUGAGUAUUUUUUAUGAGUGUACAGCCUGAAACAAAGGCCUGGCAAGGGUUAGGGUGGCCACUGCCUGCCUGCUGUCCACUUGCUGUGCUCCAGGGAUUCCUCAGGCUGCCAGGUCCUCCCCUCUGCUCCUCUCUGCCUCUAAAACUAGCAUCUCCCCUCAUACUUUCUCCUGUUUUUCCUCUCCUCCUCCUGCUUGGUCUCUCUGCCUCUGCAUUAGGGCUUUCCUCCUUCUCUUCUUCUCCUUCAUCCCUCCUUUCACCUCCUUCCUGCUUCCAUAUAUUUUCUCUAGUUUUUCUGAUUUCAGUUUUUCCUCCUUCCCUUUCUUUCUUACUCUAUUUAACCUCCUCCUUUCUUCUCCCUUCAGCUUCCUCCCCUGCACACUUUUUACUCUGGCAUCACGGACUCUGUGUUAAUGUCAGUGUGAGGACUUGGGCGCAGGAGAGGGAGGAAGCCUGAGCAUCUUCAGCAAGCAUGGGAGCAGGUUGCGGUCACCCCUAACCCUGCCAGGACGCGUCAGCCGGUGUCCUCAAUGUGAGAGUUUCUGGCGAGCAAUACGUACGAGGCGUAGCGUUAGGGCAUAGAGUCUUUAUAUUAACCAUCAGGCAGCCUUUUCUGCAAGCCCUGCCUCCUCUCUUAAGCCAUAGCUAUUUAUUUUUGACUCAUAGACCAUGAAAAUAAUCACAUAUGUUAAGGGAGAGAGCAAGGAAAGAUUUGGUUUGGGCUCAGAAUCAAACUGCCUGGCACAGACAAUAAUAUUUUUUUAGCGUGCAAUAUUUUACCAGAUGCAGUAGUGGUCGUAGUUGAAGGUUCGGGGGAUACCAGCGUACAGGGCAUAAUAAUGUGCAAUACUAACUGUUACAUUCCGUUAGGGUCCGCAGUUGCCGUAUGCACUCAAGUCAAGUGUCGGUCUACGUAGUGCAAUAGUUGACACCCUUUCUUAGACGUAUCAGCGCUUCACUUCACACGUUCGAAAAUACUCAUGGAAGUAGCUGGGAUUUUCAUGGACUGUCUUGUGAUCCUAGUGAUAGCUUUACACGACUUCUAGUGCAAUAGCCAACACCCUUUUUCCUCCCUCCAAGACUAUAGCCAGCACUCUUAAACGUAUCAGCGCUUCACUUCACCCGUUCGAAAACACUCAUGGAAGCAGCUGGGAUUUUCAUGGACUGUCUUGUGAUCCUAGUGAUAGCUUUACACGACUUCCAGUGCAAUAGCCAACACCCUUUUUCCUCCCUCCAAGACUAUAGCCAGCACUCUUAAACGUAUCAGCGCUUCACCUCACCCAUUCGAAAAGACUCAUGGAAGUUGCUGGGAUUUUCAUGGACUGUCUUGUGAUCCUAGUGAUAGCUUUACACAGCUUCCAGUGCAAUAGCCAACACCCUUUUUCCUCCCUCCAAGACUAUAGCCAGGAUUUUUAAACGUAUCAGCG